AAGGCUCGGAAAUGGCUUUUCCUAGGGGAGGAACAUCGAUUCUUAAUCACUCUUUAAAAGAUGCACAUGCAUUUGUAUGGUUUCCGAGUUGUAUCUGGGACACCUAUCACGAAGUCACCCCGGAAUACGAGCACAGCUUCUGAGUCUCUGCAACAGGUCUAUGCGCCGAUGACGUUGUCAGAGUGCGCCGGAAGUUGGGAGGUCUGCUGGGGCGCGGAAGGGGCUGCCCCACGUGGCGGAGAUGUGUGAGGCCGAGGAGGGCGGCUGCGGCGGGGGGCAGCUCACGAGGCCCCCCCGUGACGGCUGCCUGCUGAAGUGCAUGAAGUGCAAAGAGGGUUCACCGGUGCUCAUCAUUCGUGUUGGAGAUGCUUUUUGCAAGGCCUGCUUCAAGGAUUACUUUGUCCACAAGUUCCGUGCCAUGCUUGGAAAGAAUCGCUGCAUUUACCCUGGAGAGAAGGUCCUCCUUGCGUUUUCAGGUGGGCCUGCCUCCAGUUCAAUGGUGCGCCAAGUGGAAGAGGGCCUGAGCCGAGAGGCAGCCAAGAAACUCCGCUUCAAGCCGGGCAUCAUCUUCGUUGAUGAGGGUGCUGUGUGUGGGCAGGGCCCAGACACCCGGGAGGAGACCCGCAGACAGGUGGAGACGAUCCUGCGAGCCACGGGGUUCCCUUAUCACCUGCUGUCCUUGGAAGAGGUCUUUGACCUCCCAGCUUCCAUCUUGCGCUCCGUUUCCGAUACUGCUGCCACUCACGGCCACAGUUACAAGGAAGCCGUGGACGGCUUCAUCCAGCAGCAGCGGAAGGAGGCUGGCGAUGCUGCGAGGAAGGAACCAGCAGCCACCUCAAACACCGGCCCACCUCCUGUUUCCCGCACAGAAGAGCUGAGCCGCCUCUUUGGGGCUGCGAAGACCCUGACGGCCAGAGAGGAGCUGCUGCAGACUCUCCGGAGCCAUCUGAUCCUGCACGUGGCCCGGACGAACGGUUACGCCAAGGUGAUGGCAGGGGACAGCUGCACCCGCGUGGCUGUCAAGCUGCUGACCAGCCUCUGCUUGGGCCGGGGGGCCUUCCUUGCUGCGGACACGGGCUUCUCGGACAACCGCUACGGCGGCGUGCUGGUCCUGCGUCCCAUGCGGGAAUAUGCGGCCAAAGAGAUUGCCUUCUACAAUCGCCUCUUUGGGGUGCCUACCGUCUUCACACCCGCCCUGGACACCAAAGCCCCCGACAGAGCCAGCAUCCACCGUCUGAUCGAGAGCUUCCUCUACAAGCUGCAGUCCGAGUUCCCUUCCACCAUCAGCACCGUCUACCGGACAGGUGAGAAGCUUGGCGUGACUCCUCGGGAUGCUGCCGCCGAUGGACCCACAGAGCUGGAGAAGUGCCUCUUCUGCCUCUGUGCCCUAGACACCAACAUCGUGGGCGGCUCUUCCUUGGAGGCCACGCUGCUGUCGGAGCAGCUGUGCCAGAAGCGCCCGCAGCCUUCUGGAAGCAGCGGCGGCUGCUGUGGGGAAGCCCGGAAGCAGACGGACUGCUGCAGAGGCCCUCUGGGGCCAGGAACUGCUCCCCACAGCGGCUCGCUUCUGCCCCUGCUCUGCUACAGCUGCCGGACGACCCUCAAAGACAUGAGCUCUUGGGAGUCCCUCCCGCCGUAUAUCCACUCGGAGGCUGAGGGUCGCCGAUGCAGGUCUGCAAUGAAGGCAGAGAUCCAGGAGUUCUUGCUGGAAGAGGACGCAGGGGGCGAGGACCCGCCCCUGAGCUGACGGCCAAGCGCCAUCCUCACGGCUUGCUGCUCAGAGGCCCCGAGGACCGAAAUGAAGGACGCUGAGCGCAGGAAGGUGCCGGCCCUGACCCCCCUGGGGACUCUUCCUCCUCUGCUCCCCUUGCUGGAGCAGACGGCUGAGGGCGCCGUAGCCCUCGCUCCGUGAACCGCUUUUCUCGAUGAGAAUAGAUGGUUUUGAAGCCAGCCGGGGUGGGCAGACGGUUCCAACUGGGCGCAGCCUGAUCUCGGGCAGGCCUGAUGCUGUCGCAGGCACCCUGCUCGUUUGGAAAAGGUGCACAGUGCUCGAGAAUCCGCUUUGCCGGCCCUCUGACAGGGCGGCUCCCCAGAACUCCCCCUUUUAACGGCUGAAGCAGAGAGAGGGGUUUCUGUUGGCUCUGUGGUGGGGGGAAAUGGGGGGUCCCGCUGCCUCCCCCGGCUUGAUCACACGCGCCCCCCCUUUCUCAGGCAAAAGGCCCAACAACAUUAAUCCAGGGAGCGAGUGGAAUAAGAGCGAUGCUGUCCCGAUCUCUCCCUGGCAGCCAGCCGUACUGCCGAGAGCCUCUGCAGGUGGGCUAGGCCAGUUGAAGCCCACUGACUUCCCUCCCCUGAGCAUGUUCCAGUCCCGGAUGUCCCCCCUCAAAGCC